AUGGAAGAAGCAACAUAUAAGUGUUAUUACACCUGGUGUGAUAAAUCGUUUAAUAGCAAAUACAAUUUGAAGAGGCAUAUAAAUGCCCUUCAUCUUGGCAUCAAACGUUUCGAGUGUAGCCUGUGUGGGAAAAAAUUAGUUAGCAAGCAGAAUCUAACUGAGCAUUUAUUCACCCACACAGGGGUGAAACCUUUUGAAUGCAAAGUUCCUGGAUGUGGUAAAGUUAUCGUCAUAAUUAAAAUAUGGAGUCUUCUUCUGGCAUGGCCUCCCGGCAAUGCAGCGUCGACUCAUAUUUUAAUUAUAUCCGGCAAGGUUUUGCCAUUUCAGAGAUGGACGGCAAUGCUAGGUAAGCAAUUCUGGUGGUGCUCAGAGCCUAGCCCUAGUCUAAUCUCGGGGAUGAUUUUUUUUCCUCAUGGGGAAGGAGAGCACGGAAGUUGGAAAGGGGAAGCUCAGCAAAGUCCUUAGGACCAAUCGGGCAACUCCCUAGCGUGAAACCGGGCGUUACGUCCCGGGCUACGUGUUUUUCCUUUUUGCCGAGAGCAGACCAGAAAAUCCAUUUUUUUGUGUGUUUCGGAAAAGCAACCCAUGUCCACAAGUAAGUUGCUCACUCAUGAGCCGUCGAAGCCGGUGACGUUUGCCCUAGGCACCCUGGUGAUCGAAGCGAGUUGUCCCCAGCAACUUGUGGGCCCGAUGCGGCGAAAGGUAAGCGGCAGACCUGGGAGAAAGUCUACCCCGUAGUGGACAUUAAACGUAUAAAUCCUAAUGUAAUAUAAUGGUAAAGUUUAUCGUCAGUCAUCUCAACUAAGUUACCACAAAAGCCGCGCUCAUGCUAGCCUAAAAAAUAAAGACGGAAAAAGCAACCCAGUUUUUAAGCUGGAAGACGAAAAAUCUGCUUCCAGCCUGCCAGGUAUUAGUCUGGAAAGAAGAAUGUACCAAGAAUCUACUAAGCUUCAGGUGCAUCAUUUACUUUUAAGAUAA